AUGAAUGAAGAGGCCGAGCGACCAGUAGUCGGGGAGGUGUGUCUCAGAAGGAAACGGAGGAAACGCCAAAAAAAACUUCUGAAACAACUAUUCCAAGAUUAUUCCAAAAACACAACCCUUCACGGACUGAGAUACACUACUGAAAAGGGCCUUCAUAUUAUUGAAAAGAUAUUCUGGCUCGUCACGUUCAUUGUGAGUGUUGCGCUGUCCUUCUACCUGAUAUCAAAGGUCUGGAAUAAGUGGAAUACGUCUCCCGUUAUUGUCAGCUUUUCCGAAAAACAUCUCUUCGUUAAAGAGGUACCAUUCCCAGCGAUAACAAUUUGUCCCGCAGUAAAAUUUAAGAAUUUCAAUUACACGGAGAUACUCGCAGAUCUGGAAAAUCAUGAAGUCAUUGACAACGACACCUUAGCAACAGCUAGCGCCGUGAACUUAUUUUGUGACUGGCCAGCAGAGGAACUUAUUAACGAACUGCCUGGUGACUGGAUGGAUAGAUUGUUAAAUGUGUCGAUGGAAGUAGACGAUAUUUUCUACGUCUGCAAACUCGGAAAAAAUGAUUGCACGGAUCUAGUAAAAAGAGUGUUGACGGAGGAUGGAAUUUGUUUUAACAUAAACGGUUUAGCAGCUAGUGAUAUUUUGAAUUACAAUACUAUACAAAGAGAAUUCAAAUAUUCAUAUAAUGAACAUGAGGCGAGGAAUUGGACAUUCACUGAAGGCUACACCAAUGAUGACGUAAACGCAUACCCAUAUCGUGGCCAGGAAAGUGGUGAAACUCCCUACCUAAGCCUGAAUCUGGCUGAUUUAGAACCCAUUAAAGAUAAAAACUGCAAUGUAGUAUAUACUGGUUAUAAGAUUUAUUUGCACCACCCAGCCGAUUGGCCUCAGGCGCAGUCCUACUAUUUUGCAGCUCUACCAGAGCAAGUAUCAUCCAUGGCUGUUGAGUUCUCUGCAGUAUCCACCAGCAAAGAUUUGCAAGCAGUAGCACUUAAUGUGGUCUUCAAAACCAUAAGACAUGAUUUGAAGACUGAGAAAUUGGAGGACCCACCAAACAUUUUCCACGUCGAGAAGUUACAUAAUGACAUCACGGAUCUUCCACUGCACCUUAAAUAG